UCUCUCGUGGAAAUAUAUAAUCAGGAACCUUUAUGAGCGAGAUACAGUCAGCCUCCACACGUGUUCGUCGACGCAACACCAGCGCUCAACCCAAACAGAUACACAACAUGAAGACGUGUGGAUACCUUGUCGCCAUCCUCCUGGCGGUUCUCGGUGUGGCGGUGGUGGUGGCGACGGCAGAGGCCUCGACGAGCAGUGAGUGUAACGGUGGGGACUUCAACUGCGGCGCAACUUGUGUCCCUGCCCAGUACGUGUGUGACGGCCAUUACGACUGUCCCACUGGCAAUGACGAGCUUGAUUGCCCAGAGGAAAUUCUCCCCCACGCUUUCUCCGACGACUACACUAUUGGGAUGGACGCUCCUACCUUCGACUUGGAAUUCCUACGAUGAAGGAUACAGUCGAGAGGGAAAGAAGGAGUGAAGAAGAAGAAGAAGAAGAAGA